CGAAGGAAAGACAAUAAAGAGCGGCCGGAGAUCUCGCCGCCCUCAGACUUCGAGCACACCAUCCACGUGGGAUUCGACGCGGUUACUGGCGAGUUUACGGGAAUGCCGGAGCAGUGGGCCAUAUUACUGCAGACCUCCAACAUCACCAAAUCCGAGCAGAAGAAGAACCCGCAAGCCGUUCUGGACGUCCUGAAGUUCUACGACUCCACGGGCAACGGCCGGCAGAAGUACCUCAGCUUCUCCUCAGAGAAGGACGGAUUUCCCUCUGGUGAACAAUCGCCUGUCAAGAAAACACCAGAGCCUUCGUCCCCAAUCAAAGCGGUGGAUGAUGAUGAAGAUGAUGACGAUGAGGAGGCGCCGCCGCCUGUUGUCGCACCUCGACCAGAACACACUAAGAGCGUUUACACUCGCCCCUCUGUCAUCGACCCGCUCCCUCCCCCCGUGACCUCUCCAGACAGCGAGGUCGCGUCCAAGGCCACCGACCGGCAAAGACCCAAAAAGGGCAAGAUGACCGACGAGGAGAUCAUGGACAAGCUCAGAACCAUCGUCAGUAUUGGAGAUCCAAAAAAGAAAUACACACGAUACGAGAAGAUCGGACAAGGAGCUUCAGGAACUGUGUUCACCGCCAUCGACGUUGCCACUGGACAGGAGGUGGCCAUCAAACAGAUCAACCUGCAGAAGCAGCCCAAGAAAGAGCUCAUCAUCAAUGAAAUUCUCGUGAUGAAGGAGCUGAAAAACCCAAACAUUGUCAACUUCUUAGACAGUUUUCUAGUAGGUGAGGAGCUUUUUGUAGUGAUGGAGUACUUGGCCGGCGGCUCGCUCACAGAUGUCGUAACAGAAACGUGCAUGGACGAGGCUCAGAUCGCCGCCGUGUGCCGAGAGUGUUUGCAAGCUCUGGAGUUUCUGCACGCUAAUCAGGUCAUUCAUCGAGACAUCAAGAGUGACAACGUGCUUCUGGGAAUGGACGGUUCUGUCAAGCUCACGGACUUUGGCUUUUGUGCCCAGAUCACUCCUGAACAGAGUAAGAGGAGCACUAUGGUGGGCACGCCAUAUUGGAUGGCUCCGGAGGUGGUGACGCGCAAAGCCUACGGACCCAAAGUCGACAUCUGGUCCCUGGGCAUCAUGGCCAUCGAGAUGGUGGAGGGAGAACCGCCGUACCUCAACGAGAACCCACUGAGGGCGCUCUAUCUGAUUGCCACCAAUGGGACUCCAGAGUUGCAGAGUCCUGAGAAGUUAUCGCCCAUCUUCAGAGACUUCCUCAGUCGCUGUCUGGAAAUAGACGUGGAGAAGAGAGGUGGAAGCAAAGAGCUUUUGCAGCAUCCCUUCCUGAAGCUGGCCAAACCUCUCUCGAGUCUCACUCCUCUCAUUUUGGCUGCCAAGGACGCCAUGAAGAACAACCGCUAGCCUCCCGCUACGAACGAGCUGUGCCCGAAAGCACCGCGAACUGCUGAACACUCGAAAUCUGUGCCAGGCGUUUUUACCAGUGUCAAUGACAUAUCCAUGUUGCCAAAACAAGCAUUUAAUUUGGGUCUUUGCCUGUUUUUAACCCUGUAUUGGCCGCUGUGGUAUUGGGGGGUAUUAGAUGUCCUCCUGCUCUCAUUAGAUUCUUGUUGGAACGGUCUGUGUUUUAUGUAUGAACUCUUCCACUCUUUGGCUCCUAUAGACCUCAUAUGCUCCAUAGUUGAUGACACAAAUCAAUCAUGGUGAUUUCUGAUCCAGCUGGAGACCUUUUGUUAGUCUUUCUGUAGCCAGAAUCACGACUGAAAACUGUGUAAGCCGACUCCUGUUCUUGACCCGAAGGGAAGAGCACCUUACUGAUGCACACCAACUGCGAGCAGUGAAUGAUUUUUUUGUAGUCACUCGUGCCUUUGUUGUUAUUCCAGCAAACACCUUUAUACUUUGUCUAAAGAGGCAGAUUUUUGCCAUUUGAACUUCCUCUAACCUGAGACGAAACUUUCAUGUGAUGAAAUGUGUAUAUGACGUACUUCGAAGAAGCGUAGCAUUUCAGUUGAUGUAGUUAACCGAAAGCAGGACACGUAGAUUAGAUGUGUAUGUUUGUGUACACGAACACUUUGGCGUCGUUUUAGUAACUAACAGUUUGUUAUGAAGUCAAUCCAGUUGUCGAUAAGUCAUGAUGUGAGAACUAUUUUUAUGCUUUUCAGUCACUUGUUUUGCAAGUAAAAACUGAAUUCCUGCAAAUUCUGUGAACGAUAGUCAUUGCAACAUUGUGUACAUCUCUUGUUCUUCAUUAAAAGAGGACUUGAAACUUGAGAUUAGAAUAAACUCUCUCUCUAGGGCUCUUUUGUAGUCUGUUUAAACCUU